CCGUUGGCUUUCAGUGUACAAAUGACCGGAGCCGCGAACGUCCAAAAAAUUGCGCGCGGUCCUAGCGAUCGCAAACAUUAGAACGAUGUUAGGCCAAACAACGUGAAGUGUCAAUUUGUUAGCAAGCAUCGAUAUUUUUCGAUUCAAAGUUGUGAAGUGAUCGUCGAUACGACUAUAAUAAAUUCAUUUUACUAUUAUAAAGUCAUUAGACGGUGCAACUGCGCGCAAUACUUGCACACGCGAAUGAUGCAAUCGUUUUCAACAUCCACCGUCUCUGUGCACUGUUAUAUUCAAUCAUUAAAAGUAUUCGUCUGUGAUGGUCAUCGUGUGCUUAAAAAUGUAUGCGGAACGGAUAGGAGAAUCACGUGCUACUAAAUUCGUGUGUGUUGAAAAACAAAAUUGACAUUGGUGCUAUUUUCGAGUGCAUGCCAAAGAAUAGUGAUGUUUGGCAAAAUGCCAGUAUUCAUGGCUAACAGCUGAUCGUAAACAAACAGAUUACUAUUAAGUAAACGUUUAAUACAGGUUUCCCAAGUUGAAAUAAGUUAAUCGAUAUAAAAACAAAUGCCGAGAAAUAAUAAAAGUAUAUUAAAAGAUGGAGAACGAAGAAGAUUCUAGUGAUAGUAACGGUCCAAUUAUAGAUGACAAUGUUAUUCGAAUUCAACUUCGUAAACCUUCACACAGAAAAUGGGAACUACGAACGCGAAAUCAUUCACCAGGAAUCAGAUUUCCAACGGUGCAGCUUUUCGACUGCGAAGGAAAUCUAUUAGUAGAAACAAACGACGAAAAUAUAUCUAUUAAAAGUUCCGAUUAUGAAGAACCUCAUUUACGGACUAGUCAAUCCUUACGUGAGAAAGAUUACAAACAUGUUAUAAAUCAUAAACUACCUCGUAAGCACAACACUAUUUCAGGUGACAGGGUGUACACUCGUGUAUUCAGGACCCCAGUGUUGUUGAAAGAAAACAAUAACGUUAGUUAUAUUGUUAAGAAUAAUGAUAGUGUAUGCAACAUUCCAAGUAAGCUUACAGUUAAUAAUAAUUUUAAUAAUCUACAUCCCAGCAGUAUUGAAACUACUCCGUUUCAUUCAGAAGGACCUAGUGAAGCUAGUAGUUACAAAAGUUCAGAUAAUGAAACAUGUGGAGACGAUAAAGAAAUAUUGGUUUGUAACGAUUUUAAUCAUAUCAAUGGAGAAUCAAAUAAUGAAUUGCCUUCGACUGAAGAAAAUAAACCACACUUGGUACUACAAACUUCUCAAUCUUUCAGCGACACUGCGCUGAGGGAAAGAAAAGUCAACAAUGAAAUAAUACCGCGUUCGAAUUCUGGUACUAAUUUUUAUAACUUACCCCGAAAUAAAAUUUCCUUCUUGAAUACUUAUUUAAGAAGUUUAGCUGUGAGACGAGCAUCGAGUGCCAAUUCUAUCACUAUACCUCGAACUAUGAAGCCUUUAGUAUCUUUUGAACCAGGUUCAUGUAACGAGAAGUCAAAAAACGUAGAAGUAAAACAGGGAAAUGAUAAAACAAAUGUCUUAAAUGCUAGAGAUGAUAUAUCUGAAAGUGAAUUCAUUAACAUGUCGACAGAUGUCGCCGCUGAUUGCGAAUUAAGAAAACGAUUGAAAUUAUAUAGACGGGGAUUGUCAGAAAUUGAACAACGUGAACGAAAAUUAAGUAGUUCUUCAAACAAAAGACGUUAUUCUGUUAGUGAUGCGAUUCAUUUAAGUCGAUCAUCGUCAUCGGAAAGUGUCGAUGAAGCUGAUGUUGUACUGAAUCGAUUAAGAAGAAGAAUAUUUAAAAACAAAACAAGAGAAAAGCAUCGCAGUAUAGGACGGAGACAAGAUGUAUAUCCAAACCAUCGUGGUAGAGUUAGUGACAGCGAGACAAAACACUGUCGCUAUGAUGCCGGCGGGGCCGACUUGAGGUCCCGCCACGCUAUGGGCUCCAACAUCAGCCAGCACUCGUCUAAAGGUCUCAAGGGACGCAGAGCAAGGUCCAGCGGAGAUCUCUGCAAUGGCGAUUCUAAAAGUCAAACCGAGUCUUCGGUAUGUGGCUCCGUGGUUGGUGAUGUUAUGGGAUGGAAUAGGUCCCUCCCGAAUCAUCUGGAUGGUAACCGCCACUUAGCGGACUAUAGUCGUGUCAACAAUAAUUAUGGAGAGCUCUCGACGUACAAUCGAUGUCAGAAAGGCGGACGUGGAUUGCGGUACAGAGUUUCAAAAUCAGGUUCAGAUGCGGAGCCAGUAUGGAAGUUGCAAGACUCUCAGUUCGACCAGGGCUACGGAUCUGAGCGGUCGCCGGAGGAGGAGUACGUGGCACCCUUGCCCCUCGCGCCCCUCGGCGCCCUCGCCGCCGCAACCUCCCUCGAGGAGUAUGAGGCGGAACUACGCAACCUCUACCCAUUUAUCACCGAGGAUAACACUUUCACCGUGGUAGUGGAAAAGGACGGCCGAGGGCUGGGUAUGUCGGUGUGCGGCGGGGCAGGUCUGGUACGCAUCCGGCGUCUGUACCCGCCCCAGCCAGCUUGGCGGACCGGCCGUCUUGCGCCCAGGGACCUCCUGCUAGCAGCAAAUGGCGUACCUCUAGCUGGACUUAGUACCUACCCCACACCGCCCGUGCGCACGCCGCACCCGCCGCAUCUACCGCCGCUAGACCCACUCAAUUGCCAUCCCUUACAUGCACGGCUAUCUCAGACAACUAGCAGUGCGACCACAUCGUCGUCAGAAGGCAGGGGUCGACGUGAAGCGAGCCCUGAACCAGACAGACGGGAUCUACACCUUCCAGACCUGGACAAACCGCUACCUGUCUACGAUAUACAGUAUGGAGAAUUCGACAUAGUGAUGACGAAGGUAAACGGUUCUCUGGGCUUUACUCUGCGGAAGGAGGAUCACAGUGCAUUAGGGCACUACGUACGCGCGCUCGUGCGGGAACCAGCGCUUAGCGAUGGCAGAAUACAACCAGGGGACAGGAUCGUCGCGGUGAACGAUACGCCAAUGUCCAACAUGUCGCACACGGACGCGGUGUCGUUCUUGCGCGCGUGCGGCGCCGACGUACGACUGCGGCUGUACCGCGACCACGCCGCCACGCCGCUCUCACCUGUCUCACCUAAAGACGAUGGACCUACUGACUCAGAUCCACCACUCAAUCGGCCUAAGCCACCUUUAAGUGCAUUGCACAGCAUUCUGCACUGGUUUGAGCAAGCGAGGCACGUUCAUAAUUUAUCUGUGUACACACGGGACGACCGAUAUUCAAGAGAAUUAAUAGCCAAUGGUCCAAGUGCGGAUAUAAAGCUUGAGACACACUAUCCGCUAGCCGAUACUGUCGACGGUACGGUGUGCGAGCACAAGCAGCAACAGCUGCCACAACUGCAACAGUUGCAACAGCUGCAACAGCUGCCGCAGCGUCAUACUGCUACACUCACCAGCCCCACAGCCCCGCCCACUUGUAGGAAACAAAAGUUGAGUCUGACAGUGCCUCCUCAUGGUUAUGAGUUAAAUAACUUAGACAAUGAUACCCUGGAUGCACCGAACGUGUACCAGGAGGAUAUAAGGCCGAGGUACACGGAGGUGUUCCCUACAGACUCGGACGAGCCGGUGUCCAUGCCAGUGGGACUGUCCAGCGAUGAAGCGCGCUUCAAGCACUCCAGCCCGGCGUACCAGAGUGCUGUCCUCACUUCCAGCAGUGACGCCGCGUCUGACGGACACAAAGAUGAUGGAAAUGGUUUAAAGAAAUGGAAAGGUGUCGCAUUGUCGCCCGACAACGAACGGAAGAUGAUUCCUGAAGUACAGCCGAAACCGAAGGAAGUCGAUAUAGCGCAAAAAGAAAAUGUCAAACCUGGACCGCCUCAGGAGAUUGUUAACAAUGAACCAACGGUACGUAACAUUAAGAAUAAAAUUCCAACACACUCUAUAAUGUUGAAAAUAAAUUCAUAUGUCUAA